AUACAGGUUUUACAUAGUAAUGCAUUUUUUAUAUUAAUAAGCACUAACAGAAAUACAUAUUCAAUUUCAUGGACUUGACUAAUCAAGAUGGCGGAGACCUUACAAGUGAACUUUGAGGAGGACGGCUUCGCUACCAUUCAGAUGGUUAACGGUGAAAAUAGGUUUCAGUUAUCUACCAUUCAGGAAUGGAACAGAGUUUUGGACACAGUUUUAGCGAACAAUGGCACGAAGGGUUUGCUGAUCCGCGGGUCGGGUCGAUUUUUCUCAAACGGUAUCGACCUUGCCUGGGUGAGCGGACAGACGGGCGAUAUUCCCGGGCAAUUCCUCAACGGUCUACACCGAUUGUUGUACCGCAUACUCGUGUUUCCGGUUCCAACAGCCGCUCUCAUCAACGGUCAUGCAUUCGGUGCGGGUGCGUUUCUGGCGCUGGCGUGCGACUAUCGGCUGAUGCGACAAGACCGUGGCUGGCUCUGUUGGCCGGAAACAGCUAUCGGGCUCCCCUUUGGUGACUUCCUUCUCCAGCUGAGUAGGACUAAGAUUCCUCCGGGCCAAUCACAGAGGGAUGCUAUACUAUACUCAAAGCGCCUUGACGGCCCUGAGGCCAAGCGUCUGCAGCUCGCUGACGGGCUCGUGGAGGAAACCAAGAUGGCGGCGGAGGCAAAGUCACUUAUCCUCGGCGCCCUUGGGCGAAACAGGCUCAGCAGAGAUGUACUCCAUAACACGAAAAAAGACAUUUAUGGAAAAGAACUCGAUAUGUCAAAGUUGUAAUCACAGUCGUUCACCACGGUCGUCCAUGUAUUACGGUUGCGACAGGAAAUUAAAUUGUGUGGAAUAUAUUUAAAGCACUGGUAAGGUGUUAGAAGUUUUUGCAUAUGGGCCACUUUAUAAUAUAAAUGACAUGGUAUGGUUAUGCUGUUUUCGUGUUUCGUGAUAUGGAUAUGUUACAUAGUAAAGAAAGUCACCAGUG